AUGGCUCACGACAACGGCCCUUCCACGCCAUCAGGUUCCCAGGUGCCAGAUCACAUUACUCGGUCAGCACCUGGCUCAGCCGAUGCGACGCCCAAGCCGCGAUCUUUGCACCCAAGUGCAUCAUCCUCUCCUAGCCAGCAACUCCCGUCUCGGCCAACCAACGAAUCUUUGCCCAAGUCGUUGCUCCCUGCGGCGGAGCUGUACGAGUCCACACCUAAACUGAAAAGUUCGGAGUCGACCUUGCUUCAAGCCUUUUACGAACCCUUGCACUCUCUAGACAUGGCGGCGGAUUUCAAGCCAGGAAGUGACGGCGACUCAAGCGCACGCGUCGGACAGACCAUCCCGCCCGAAUACUGGGUGCCGAUCAACAUCAACCAUUACUUAGUCAUCGCGAACGCCCACCUCUCCAAAAAUUCGGUCAAGCAAGCCUUGUCAGCCCGCCACACCCCGACACUCGAACCUACCUUCCGCGUCAGAAGAGAGGCUGAUAUCGUCACCUACUCGUCGACUCAUCUCACCUACGCGGUGAGCCACGCUUUGGGCGCGACUCUAGCACAGCCCGUUGAGGUUACGAACGAGUAUCAGUACAGUAACCUAGCCCGAGUCGACCGCGUCUGGAGGUCAUGGGGCGCCACGACAGGCUCGUUUGCGAUGCUCGAGAUAAAGAACUACGGGAUAAUCGACGCGGAAGAGUUCCAAAGGGCUAUGUAUCGCGAGCCGGGGGUCAAGAACUCCACUCUUUUUGCCAACCUGUCCAUCUUGUCCAUCAUCAAGCAGAUCACAAACUAUGUGCAGAUCCCCACCUACGGGACGCGGUACGCCAGCCUCUACGACGGCAAAUACCUCUUCCUAGGUGUGUUCGAAACACCGCCCCAACCGACCGACCGCCCCAUCCUCAAGGGGACCUUGGUCCCCUGCACUGGGGCAGAGAACACACAGGCCCGAAGGGCGCUACUCGGCUGGCUCAUCGAGGCCUGGGAGAAGAAGCAACGGGGCGAAAACGAGAACAUUGCCGAGACCCAAAGGCCGCCUCGCCCUCCGCGCAAACCCUAG